UUAUAUUAGUGCAGAACACUGUACCUUUAAUUUAAAUGCCCUUGGAGUCUGCUGGGGAAGAGAAAUAAUACUGUCAGUCAGUAUGACAUGCAGAUGAGUGCCGUCGAUCUUAGAAUCACCGCACACUUCACUCAUUUGGGCAGUCACGGGGCCAAAACCAGAGUGUGGAGCCACAGUGUGGCGGUGGAGGCAGCAGCAAUGGGAGGCCAUACAGCACCCUAUGACAAAAUGGAACCCACCAGCAGUGUGAGGAGACCUGAAAGUGGCACAUGGCAGAGUGUGGCGAUGGAGACAGCAGCAAUGGGAGGCCGUACAGGGACCCAUGACACACUCUGGACCUGGCAGCAGCAUGAGGAGGUGGUACAGGGGCCCAUGGCAGUGGCGGAGCAGAAGCAGCUUCAAUUGAAGGCCAUACACAGGCCUAGGUUAAAAAGUCCCCCCAGCAGCAGUGUGGGGAGACGACUAUCAAGAGUC